CUGCUCGCGUGACCUUUCCCCUCUAUUCUGCACCUCCAGCAGCCAGCCCGGAGAGUCGGCUGCGGUCGGGCGCGCGCUCGGCUACCUCUUGCCCAGCUGCCUCCCGAGCUUCGGCUCGCCCCCUUGCUGCCCGUCCGCAAGGCUCUCCGUCAUGGCGGCUCUCAGCAAGUCCAUCCCUCAUAACUGCUACGAGAUCGGCCACACUUGGCACCCUUCCUGUGGGGUCUCCUUCGUGCAAAUCACCGGGGGCGCCCUGGAGGAGUCCCUGAAGAUUUACGCCCCACUGUACUUGAUUGCAGCAAUUCUCCGGAAACGAAAAUUAGACUAUUAUUUACACAAACUACUCCCUGAGAUCCUACAAUCUGCUUCAUUUCUGACUGCUAAUGGGGCCUUGUAUAUGGCUUUCUUUUGCAUUUUAAGGAGGAUACUUGGAAAAUUCUACUCUUGGAGUCCUGGCUUUGGUGCCGCUUUGCCAGCAUCUUAUGUGGCCAUUCUAAUUGAAAGAAAAAGCAGGAGAGGGCUGCUCACUAUUUAUAUGGCCAAUUUGGUCCUUUUGUUCUGCAUCACAGCUGCCAUGUACAUGUUCUUUUUCAGAUGCAAAGAUGGUUUGAAAGGAUUUACAUUCUCUGCCCUCAGGUUUAUUGUAGGGAAGGAAGAAAUUCCCACACAUUCUUACUCACCAGAAGCGGCAUAUGCAAAAGUGGAACAGAAGGCAGAGAAACAUGAGGAAAAGCCAAGAAGAAUGAAUGUAAUUGCUCUAAUCAGGAAACUUGUGGAUUCAGUAUGUAAGCAUGGACCAAGGCAUAGAUGUUGCAAACACUAUGAAGAUAAUUGUAUCUCUUAUUGCAUUAAAGGUUUCAUCAGAAUGUUUAGCGUGGGAUACUUGAUCCAGUGCUGCCUCCGAAUUCCUUCUGCAUUUCGGCAUCUGUUUACACAGCCAUCCCGGCUAUUUUCUCUCUUCUACAAUAAAGAAAACUUCCAGCUCGGAGCUUUUCUGGGCUCUUUUGUUAGUAUAUACAAGGGUACUAGUUGCUUCCUGCGCUGGGUCAGAAACCUGGAUGAUGAAUUGCAUGCUAUUAUAGCUGGCUUUUUGGCAGGAGUAUCAAUGAUGUUUUAUAAAAGUACAACAAUUUCCAUGUAUUUAGCUUCCAAGUUGGUAGAGACAAUGUAUUUCAAAGGCAUUGAAGCAGGAAAGGUUCCCUAUUUUCCCCAUGCAGAUACUAUCAUCUAUUCCAUCUCUACAGCAAUUUGCUUCCAGGCAGCUGUGAUGGAAGUUCAGACUUUGCGACCAUCUUACUGGAAGUUUCUUUUAAGACUCACCAAGGGCAAAUUUGCUGUCAUGAACCGAAAAGUCCUUGAUGUUUUUGGUACUGGUGCAUCUAAACACUUUCAGGAUUUUAUCCCUAGGUUGGAUCCAAGAUAUACAACUGUAACACCAGAGUUGCCCAUCGAGUUUUCUUGAAGAUGACUGUAAUUUAUUAAUGUGACUUAAUGUUUCAUUAUUUUAUCCUGAAGAGUUAACUAUGUUGAAACACAAAGAAGGAGUCUUGAGCUUGAACUUCAGUGUUAUUUCAAUGAGAGAUACUCUUUUCUUGUUAGUUUUUCUUACCAGUCAGAAGUACAGAAGCUUUUUAGGAAGGUGUUGCUUAAUAAUUAAGCGCCCUCUGUAGCCAGAAUCUGAUUCUGGGUCACUUGUAGUGGUUGACAUUAUGAUAUAUUAUUGAUUAAAUUAUGUCUACAAGCAAUCUUAAAUAAUCUACGUAGAAAUGUAGUAACAAAUAAGAGUAUACUUAAAAUUACUUUAAAAGAUGUUUUUAGUUCAUUCCAGUAUAAUUCUUGGUUAAAACUAAGAAUAUUUCUAUGUUUUAGGAUACAAAGGAUCACGGGUACAUGGAUUUGGUCUGUGUUUUUUUUUUAACUUUUGAAUUGGUAACUAUAGUAGUGAAAUAUUAUGGAACUGAAGUAACUCUUCCCAGACAAUGCUGCUUUAGUGUGAAGAAAUUUAAUUGAAGAAAGUGGCCAUUCUCACUUCAGGGAUGCGAAGACGGGUCUUGUGCUGUUCGGAUAAAUGCCGUGGUAUCCAUGCUCCCCUUCCACUGAUACCUUCAUCUCUCUUCAUGGUCAGUCGGGCUGUCUGGCAGCCCAGUGAGCCUAUGUACUAAUGGCAGGUUAGGAGCAAAUGGAAUUUGACAUAUCUGAUAAAGCUGAAAUGUAUGUUUUAAUAUUUUACAGAAGCAUUACACUUGAAUAUUUAAAAGCAAAUGAAGUUGCUUUUAAACCUCGUGAAGGUGUACGGUGUUUGUUUGCAUUUAUAAGGACUGAAUUCUUCAUAGCUCGGUUUGUCUGCCAUCGCUGACUUAGAAGGGAUCAAAAGUAGUUUGGGCAAAUUUGUCAGUUUGUUCCCUCUCCACCAUCCCACCUUUACAGUGGAUAUUUUACAGCUACAAACAAUAUAAAAAUCCAGUAGUUGUUAAAAAGUCCAUUUCAUCACUAUGGGAUUCAGGUUCUCCAGCCUCUUUUCAAAAACUUACUGUUUUUAUUCCUGUUAGAACAAACAAGUGACAAAAUGUAGUAAGUGUUGAUUAUGAGUUAGUUCGGGACAGCUGUGAUUGAAAUAUGAUUACUCUUCAGAGUUUUUCAGGGAAAAGUCAUACUUUUCUAACUUAAUAAAAGGCUUAAGUGGUUAUGAUGUCUAUAGUUAAUGCAACAUAUAGGGAUAAUGGUAUAUUUUUUUAAUAUCAUUUUGUUGCUGAAAAGUUUUGGGCCGUUGUAAAUUAAUUAUGCAGUAGAACUUGUGUUGCAACAAGAAUUAUAACCCAGACUUUUAAAAUGCUUAAUCUGCCGUAUUCAAUUUCACCAAGCCCUGUAUAUUUCUGUUCACGUGUAAUCCUGUCCUCAGUUGUUAUGGCAAAUUGAAACCCAACAAAAAGACAGACUCUGAUACUGUGGUAACAGAGCCACUUUAAUGAGGUCAAAAUUUUGCAUUGUGAUUAAUUUUUUAGAAUUGACUUGUCUAUUAGGCAAUACUGUUAAGGAAUCAUUUUGGUUUCAGACUUCAAAAUUGCUUAAUAAAUUAAGUUUUCAGUUUUUAUUCCUGGAAUCAAAAUGAUGAUUGGUACUGUGUUUAAUUUUAAAAAUGAAGUAUUAUAGCAGUGAAGAAAGCACUGCUUCCUGUACCUCAUUUUCUUUAUUUAGAAAUUAUGUUUAUAAUAUUUUUCCUGUCAGUUUAAAAGAAAAACAUUUUAAUUCAUACAUUGCUGUUUUCAUGAACAUUAAAAAGGCUAUGAUGUUGAAAGGCAAAUCCUACCGAAAUUGGAUGAGAUUGUUUAGUAAAAUCUUACUGUCAAAAGGUGCAUUUCUAUGAUUUCCUUUUUUUUUUCAAGCUAUAGUCAUUUUUUAAUAUAAAAUGUAAAAUGAAAUAACCGUCAUGAAGCAAAACAUAAUGAAUGUAUAGCUUUCGUGAAUAAUUAAUGAAUUUUCAGGGGUGAAAAGAGAAAUCCAAUUUGAUUUCAUUGAGGCAGACUGCACAGUGUAGCUGUUUGAGAAAACAGACACUGUGUCUGUGCUCCUGAAGACAAUCAAAAUGAUAUCUCUCUACCUCUAACCAAUCAGGUAUCAAUAAACCAUGUGACACCAUAAAUAAAGUCAAAUAAAUGGUUUUUUUAGUCCAUUUAUACACUAAGGAAAUUGUGCCUAUGUUAAGUUUCCACCAGAACUGGUUACAGCGAACAUUAAUGUGUAGACUGCAAAACAGUGCAUCGGCGUAUUUGUAGUAGUGUGGUUGUUUCACUGCUAUUUCCUGUGUCAUAAAAUCCUAGGGUUUGUACCAACCCAGUAAAGACUGAGGUUGCAAGAUAACAAAUUGUCUCCGAUUUGUUCAAGCCUUGCCAAUGUUUCGUCAGAUAGUUUUAGACCAUUUUAUUACUCAUUUCUGGAAUAAAACCUUUGGUUCGGUUAUGCCGUUUCAUAAAUUCUGUGGUCACUUUGGUAACUUUUUUCUUGGUCUGUGCACGUGGUUGUCACUUGGCUGAUAUGUAGUUUAUUGUUGGUACUCAUCUGAAGUUUAGUCAGUUGUUACUUUAUUUAGAAUUGUAUCUUUUUAUUCUUUGCUCUCCGAUUUUAUAAUUUCCUUUUUUCUAUAUUGAACAUGUCUUGUGUGAUUAAACCCAAAUUGGUCAGCUG